UAAUCAUGAGGAUCCUCAGCAAUCCUCUGGGAGAAAAGCCACCGUCGGCCUGACGGUGUGUCCCGGUGUGUGCGGGAAGGGAAGGCGUCAAACUGGGAGUCUUGGGAACAAUGGGAGAGGCGGUAGCUUUGAGAGAAUAACAUACUUUUGCUCCACCAGGGUCCUCCUGGUUCCUUAUUUAGUGCUUUUUGCCGUGGGAUGGAUUACAGGCUGAGCUGACCCACCAAAGGAGACUGUCGAAGCAAACGACAGGACUGGAUUUUUAAACGGCUUCUAGGGUUAAAUUUCUUUUUAGACAAGCAAGGACGCACCACAUUGAACAAUGGCUUUGAUGAAGGUCAAGUUUGAUCUGAAAAAGCGAGUAAAACUCGCACAGAGCGUCUGGUUCCUGUUCUGGUUCGCCGUAAUGGCUGGCGUGCUGGUCUUCAGCAUGGGCCUCUUCUUCAAGAUCGAGCUGCGAAAGCGCUCCGAACUGAUGGACAACAACGAGAGCCACUUCCUGCCCAACCUGCUCAUACUGAUGGGCCUGCUCGCCUGCGGCAUCAACGCCUUUGGAGGCAAAGUCUGCUACGACUCGUUGGACCCCACCAAGUUUGUCAAGUGGAAGCCCAUGCUGAAGACCUUCCUGGCGGUAUGCGUGGUUUUCAAUGCCCUGCUGGUGGUGACGGCCCUGCUGUGCUUCGUGAUGCGGAUCCCGCUGCAGUUUACGCUGGCCGAGGGCCUGAGGAACGGCAUGAGGUACUACAAGGAGACGGACACACCGGGACGCUGCUACAUGAAGAGGACCCUGGACAUGAUGCAGAUAGAGUUCCGUUGCUGUGGAAACAACAACUACAGAGACUGGUUUGAGAUCCAGUGGGUCAGCAACCGGUACCUGGACUUCAGCGCAAAGGAGGUCAAAGACCGCAUCGGAAGCAACGUGGACGGCCAGUACCUGAUGGAUGGUGUGCCCUUUAGCUGCUGCAACCCAGGCUCUCCCAGGCCCUGCAUCCAGCAGCAGAUGACCAACAACUCGGCCCACUACAGCUACGAUCACUACACUGAGGAGCUCAAUGUGUGGAAGAGCGGCUGCCGAGACGCCCUGCUGUCCUACUACGGCGGCAUGAUGACCACCUUUGGUGUUCUGGUGCUGCUGGUUACCAUGCUGGAGGUUGCCGUGACUGUGGGCCUGCAGUACGUCCACAGCUCCCUGUCCACGCUGGCCAACCCGGAGGACCCUGAGAGCGAGAGCGAGGGCUGGAUCCUGGAGAAGACAGUCAAGGAGACUUUCACUGACAUCAUGGCCAAAAUGAAGUCCAUGGGUAAAGGCGGCAAAGUGGAGGAGGGUGAGGAGGCCGCAGUGGCCACAGUGAGCUGAACAACCUCCAACCUCCUCCCCACUGCCAAAACUUACACCGCUCCCACCUGAAAAGGAACAAGAGGACGUGUGAGAUGAUUUUACGACCCCCACCUAAAAACAUAUUUGAAAUGGUCUUUUUGCAGGGAUAUACUGUACAUUCAUAGUGAUAACAAGAGGAGUAGUUAACCAAGAUACUGACUUUGACACACAGCAUAUUUUAAAAAUAUGCUGUAAAAAGCAAUGUGAUGUUGUUGGAUCAAACUGUCACAAUCUAGUAGAAUCCAUGCAACACAGUGCAGUGCAGCUGAUUCAAUGAUAGCACAUUUAACACUAUUACCCUCGUCCUGCAUCUAUUAGCAUCGUGCAAGUGUACCUAAUGUUGUGGCCGGCCAGUGUAUUUUCCUCCCAUGUACCAUAAUGUCAUGGUUUUACAGUGAGUCUGCACUUUGGAUGGGGAUGGUGGUUACUAUGCAACCCCCCUAUCGCACAACCUGAAGAUAUUUAUGGGCCAAGCAAUGAAAAGACAUUUCUUUUAGUUAAGUGGAUUAUAAAUAACACUUGUCAGUAAAUUUGGCAGCUAAAUCUUUGCCCCCAAACCCUCCCUGCUGCGCUGCAAUCUCACAUUGUCUUUAUUCAUUCAGUCUGUACAUUAUACAAUGGGGUGGCGGUCUUUGUACAUAGUGUAGAAACUAUAAGGAUUUAACCUUUUUUUUUUUUUUUUUAAAAACAUGUAAUUAACCCAUCUAUUUGCUCCAACUCUAUGUAAAUGUGUUUAUAUGGGCCGUGUGUUUAGAAAGUGAGCAUUAAUUGGAAGAAAUAAAAACUAUUGUAGUGUU